UAAUCAGUCGGUCGUUCUAUUUACAAAAAAAUGUUGUUCUUGAAGCAUCCGAAAACCGGGAAAAGUCUGGAGGUGAAUGAGUUCUGGCUCCGAGACCAUUGUCGCUGUGGGGAGUGUCUGAAUUUGGAUACCAAUCAGCGGCGUUACGAUCUUUUGGAUCUGCCAGCUGAUGUGAAAUCGGCAGAGGUUAAAUACGAGGGAAUAAAACUUAAAGUGCUGUGGAGUGACGGUCACCAGUCCUGCUAUGACCUGGACUUUAUCUUCGAUUCCCAGCUGGAGCAGUUGAUAGAGCUGCGAUCAAAGUCCACCAAUCUGACGCCCUGGAAUCGCAGCAUAAUCUUGCAAAACGAACGGCACUUGCGAUUCUCCUUGUCCCAGAUGGUUUCAAGUGAUGAUGUAGUCAGAUCCCUAGUUGAAUCUCUGGUUCGCUACGGCAUUGUCUUCAUCGAUGAUGUGGCUCCCACGCCAAACAUGACCGAAUUGGCCCUGCGAACAGUUUUUCCCCUGAUGAAAACCUUCUUUGGCGAAAUGUGGACUUUUAGCGAUAAGCCCGAUCACGCGGAUACCGCUUACACGAAACUCUACUUGGGUUCCCACACGGAUAAUACGUAUUUCUGCGAUGCAGCUGGCCUUCAGGCUCUACAUUGCAUCGAACACUCGGGUUCGGGUGGGGAGAACUUCUUUGUCGAUGGUCUUCAUGUGGUGAACGAACUGAAACGUCGCUUUCCCGAUGCCUAUAAUGUUUUGUGCCGGGUCCAGGUUCCCGGGGAGUAUAUCGAAAAGGGGGAGCAUCACCGGCACACGGCUCCCAUUAUACAGGUGGAUCCACUGACUCAAGAGUUUAUACAACUCAGGCUGAAUGUCUACGAUCGGGCGGUGUUCGAUACGAUUCCGCAGUCCGAGAUGAGCGAGUUUUAUGCGAGUCUUCGUCAGCUGUUGCAGAUUGUCCGGGAUGAGGAGCAGCAGUGGAGUCUGAAGCUUCAACCUGGCAGCAUUGUGCUCUUCGACAAUUGGAGAGUCCUCCAUGGCCGCCAUGCUUAUACAGGAAGUCGAACCAUGUCCGGUUCCUAUGUGCAGCGUACGGAUUUUCUUAGCAAGGCUCGUGUCUUGGGAAUUAUCGAAUAAGAUAUAAAUAAAGAUAAUAAUUCAUAUAAAAUCAAUUAAUCACA